AUGAGAAUGAGACUAUACUCACUGAUUCUCCCUCUUAUCGGCCUGGGUACUACCGCCAGUGCUGCAUAUGACAACCCUCUAGUGAACCUCGACUAUGGAUCCUUCCAAGGCCAAUAUGACAGCACAUACAAUCUCUCGUAUUUCCGCAAGAUCCCAUUUGCCUCACCACCAACUGGUGAGAAUCGUUUCCGAGCACCUCAACCGCCACAGAGGAUCACCGGAGGCAGCUAUGAUACAAACCAAGACUUCGACAUGUGCCCCCAGCGCACAGUCAACGGAAGCGAAGACUGCCUGUAUUUAGGCCUCUUCUCAAGACCAUGGGAUCUAUCAAAAGAAACAAAAAGACCAGUCCUAGUCGUAUUCUACGGCGGAGCCUUCAUCCAAGGCAGCGCCGCUUUCACCAUGCCGCCAUCCUCAUUCCCAAUUUUGAAUGUGAGCAAUCGCAAUGACUACGUGGUAAUCUAUUCAAACUACCGCGUCAAUGCCUUUGGUUUUCUCCCCGGAAAUGCAAUCAAAGAAUCAUCAACAUCAGAUCUAAACCCUGGCCUACUGGACCAACAAUACGCCCUGAAAUGGGUCCAAAGCCACAUCCACAGCUUUGGCGGUGAUCCUAAGAAUGUAACAAUCUGGGGCCAGUCAGCUGGUGCAGGCUCGGUCGUUGCACAAGUCCUCGCAAAUGGACGAAAUGGCCAACCGAAGCUUUUCUCCAAAGCCCUUGCUAGCUCGCCCUUCUGGCCGAAGACAUAUGCCUACAAUGCACCGCAAGCAGAGGCGAUCUACGCACAAUUUGUCAAUUUGACAGGCUGUAACGGACUGGAACAUGUUCAUGAAACACUUUCCUGCAUCAAAUCCGUAGGCGUGCAGACAAUUCGUGAUGCGAAUCUCGUCAUUGCCGCAAGCCAUACCUGGACAACGAGCUCCUAUACAUGGGCACCAGUGAUAGACGGGACCUUUCUCACGGAAACACUUACGGAAACCGUCAACAGCGACUCCCUGGACACGGAGUUUGUGUGGGGUAUGUAUAACAGCCACGAAGGCCAGAAUUUUAUCCCCUCGGGUCUCGACAGCGCCGUCUUAGUGAAUGGAUUCAAUUCCUCAAUUGAGAGUUUCCACAGCUGGCUUACUGGAUUCGUACCCGGGUUAUCGGCAAAACAGAUAAAACAGGUCGAUUCUGUUUAUUAUCCCGCUGUUGGGAGUACGGAGACUAUUGCGCAGUAUAAUACUUCGUUUGUUAGGGCUGGGUUGGUGUAUCGGGAUGUUGUGCUUGCCUGCCCAGCCUAUUGGAUUGCUUCGGCUGCUAAGAAGAAGGGAUAUCUUGGGGAGUAUACUAUUUCGCCGGCGACGCAUGGGAGUGAUACCAUCUAUUGGAAUCGUAUCAAUGCCGUUCAACAGACGAACCCCGUCGUGUAUGAGGGAUAUGCUGGCGCUUUCGCGAGUUUCUUCCAGACAGGUGACCCGAAUGCGCACAAGGCGACGAAUGCUUCGCAACCUGGUGUACCUGAGCUACAGCAUAACAAAAAGGAAUUUGUGAUUGUGUAUGAUGGAACGGAGAAUUUAAAGCUAGACCAACUGAACAAGAGAUGUGAUUUCUGGCGAAGGCUGGCGAAGGAGGUGCCAAUUUAA